GCAGCAGCAGCAGCAGCGGCGGCGCACGAGCGCACGAGCGCCAGAUCCACCGCGACACCGACACCGAGACGCCAGAGAGGACUGUGGCUCACGUCUGAGACACAACAAGGUCAAUGUGGCUACUAAAGCAGCUAUCUGGGGUAUCUGUGGAUUCCUGAGGCCCGUCUCUAUAGCAACCCAUUCCUCCUCCUGAGUACCGCUGCCAACUUACCCGCCCUGCCACACGACAAUUACUCCUCAUCCCCCUGGCCAAUUGCCGGCUUUGAACUGCGCUGGAAUGGACACUGAGUCGACCCACUCGGGCUACUCCUAUCACUCCAGCCGCUCGGGGAGAUCAAACCGACAUGGCGAUCGAAGCCGUGAGCGGCACAAGGCCAGCAGCAGUAAAGACAGCGUUCGCUCUGAGAGGUCCGUCGUCAUCAACCCCCCUGACACGCCCUCCCAGGACUCCCCCGUUCACAAUGGAGAGCCGCUGCCAGGGGAACCCACACCGACAGCAGAACAGGAAGAUGAGGCCCAGGAUGAUAACUGGGGGGAAACCACUACCGCAGUGACGGGCACCUCAGAGCUAAGUAUUUCCCAGGAGGAAGUGGUUGGACUUGGGAAGGGAAUGCAUGAUCGGACCCAAGACUUGCGACGUUAUCUUCCCCUGGCUGUGGGCUUGUGUGUCGGGCUGGUGGUGCUGGCCACUCCCCUGGCCUUCCUGCUUCUUCCGGCUGUGAUGUGGCCAGACAGGCUGCAGGCUUGUGGCGCAGCCUGCGAGGGCCUCUUCCUCUCCAUCGCCUUCAAGCUCCUCAUCCUCCUCAUGGCCAUGUGGGCCUUGUUUCUCAAGCCGGGCCGUGCGAGCCUACCCAGAGUGUGUGUGUACCGCGCCUUCCUCACCACACUCAUCCUCCUGCUCACCAUGUCUUAUUGGCUCUUCUAUGGGGUCCGGAUCCUUGACGCACAGGAUGAGGACUACCACGGCAUUGUCCAGUUUGCUGUGUCCCUCGUGGACUCCCAGCUGUUUGUCCACUACCUGGCCGUGGUGCUGCUGGAGCUCCGCCACCUCCAGCCCUGCUACAGCGUGUGUGUCAUUCGCUCCACAGACGGAGAGACACGUCACUACAACAUAGGGCAGCUUAGCAUUCAGAAGGCCGCUCUGUCCAUUUUGGAGUAUUACUACAGAGACUUCCCACUCCAUAACCCAGCCCUUCUCUCUGCCUCCAAACACCGCGCUGCCAAACACCUGGCCGGGUUGAAGGUCUACAACGUGGAUGCCCCGGGGAACACUGCAGGAGCGCAGCCUGGUAAUGGGAAUCAGUCACGAGCCAUGGUCACAGCUGCCGCCAAGCGCAAAGACAGCGCCCACAAUGAGCUGUACUACGAAGAGGCCGACUACGAGAGAAGAGUCCGUAAACGUAGAGCCAGGCUGGUGGUGGCGGUGGAGGAGGCCUUCACACAUGUCCGACGGAUGAAGAAAGAGGAUGAGCGCGCAACACCGUCCGACAUCAUGGAUGUGCGUGAAGCCGCUCUGGCUAUAUUUCCCUCCAUGGCCCGGGCCCUGCAGAAGUACCUCCGCACCACCAGGAGGCAGCACUGCCACAGCAUGGAGAGCAUCCAGAAGCACCUCGCUUUCUGCCUCGUCAAUAACAUGAGUCCUAAGGCCUUCCUUGAGGCCUACCUGGCCCCUAGUCCGACCCUGCAGUACGGCCCUGAGCGCUGGAUGGCUGACCAGUGGACUUUGGUCAGCGAGGCUUCUGUCACCGGCAGCGUCAAGGAGGGGUCGGAGUUCCUACUGAAGUGUCUCGACUUUAGUUUAGCCGUGAACAUCAAGGGCAUCCCGUACAUUCGACUGACCGAGGAGUUCAUCGACCCCAAGUCCCACAAGUUUAUACUGCUGCUCCAAUCAGAAACCUCCGUUUAACACAGUGGACCGGUGCUGCUGAUCUGGACUUACGGGACGGUUACGAUUUUUCAACAAGACUUUUUCAAAAAAAAUAACUUUUUGUACCGUUUUUUUUUUUUUACUUAUGUGUAUGUAAUUUCCUCACAUAGAGCAUCUUUGUGUCCUCGUCUUUGUCACGGUCGACAUGAAAGCAGUAAAAGACAGAAAAUUGGGGAGAAUAUCCAGUUCAGGUGUUCCUCCGUGCACGACAGAUGACCUUCACAAAUGUUCUUCCUUUUUAUUUGCAUGUGCCAGUGUGAGCCUUCAUGGCGGAGUUCAUGAUUUAGGAGGAGUGUGUUUGAUUUAGGAAGAAAACCAAGUUGAUGUGUUUUGAGUGUAGUGUACACUUGACCCGUCUCUUCUUUCUCCUUAGCGUUACUAUAGUGACCAGGAUAUUUAAUAUAACCCGCAACCAAUUUUCACCAAAAGAUUGUCUCUUUCAGUCUCAGCAACGAUUAUUUAAAUGUCCCAUAUUACAGAUGUAUGUACAGUAUUUAUAAGUGAAUAUACUUUAUCUCUCCAGACUUUUUAUAUCAACAUUUUGCAUUGCUUGAAUGUUUUUUUGUUGUUUU